AUGGUCGAAGAAGGAGAACCUUCUCUGGAGACUUUCGAUUACCUCGAAGAGAAGGACAAAGAGGCAGAGGAGAUCUUCGACGGCAUCACCUUAAACAGCCUCCAUGAGGCUCGAGAGGACUUGCAUGAUCAGCAAGACAGAGCAGAGAAGGCCUUUGAGCAAAUGGACCAACAUCGGAAGGAAAUGGAAGACAUCCUUCAUGAUUUCAAUCUGCGCAGCACGAACACGAAGUUGCCGAAGGAGCUGCUUAAGCCCAAUGGUGAUCCCUGGUGGCCAGAUCCCGUUCCGCCGCCAAAGCUGCCGGAUCGGGAAAUCAUGGUCAUGCCGACCGGAGGGGGCAUCAAGAACUUCUCACCUCCUGGCGCCUACUUCCUGUAG